UGAAAGUCGGGCUUCCUUACAGUAGCUGAGACCACGACUCCCAGCAGCCAGCGCAAAGCUCUGGCUUCGGCGUACUAGAGGCCGGUCGGUGGGGAGGGAGGCCUGGCAGGUCCUCGUGCUGCGCUGGGGCCCCCCGGGCCGCCGGAAUGUCGGUGCUUCGGCUGAGGGCAUCGCUGCUGAGGCGGGGGGCAGCGGGGCUCGGCCGGGCCCUCCGGACCGAGGACUGCCCCUGCUCUGGUCCCGAGAAAGGGACUUCAUGGACAUGGGGCAGAAUGUACUCUGUCAAUGCCCCAGAGCAGGACAGGAGGAGGGAUGCGGGGCAAGUGGAACUAUUGGAAGUGCUUGAGGCCCGAGUAAGACAACUCCAGACUGAGAACGUGUCUGAAGUGACAAUAAAUCAUGUGGAAGUGGCCCCCCUGAGGACAAGUAACCAGAAGGACUUGCAGGCCCUUGGACUGAUGGAGGAUGGAGCCAAGCAAGAUGCCAGCAAUUCUGCCCAGAUGGUGCAUAAGGUCCAAACCUGGUGGGUGGAGAAACUCAAUCAGGAAAAGAGUGACUUGAACAAGAGACAGAAGGACCUGGAAGUCAAGCUGAAGAACCAGGACUUUUGGGAAUCCCAGCUAAAGAAGAGAGAAAAGGCAUUUGUUGCCAGAAAACUGAAACCAAAACCUUCCAAACCAAAGCCCUCUCCUUGUACAAAGAAAGCCAAAAGAGAGGAGCAGACCCCACCUCCCAAAAUGAGACAGGUCAAGAAAGAUCUGGAGCAAAAAAGCAGGAGUGCUAUUAACUUGAACUCCUUCAAGCAGGUGCCUGAGAAGGUGGUUAGACCUUCUAGAAAACAAGUCUUCAUUUUAGCCUGUCUAGAAUGCUUCAUCUCUCUGGACCAACUGGCACAAGCCAAUAACCUGCUUCUCUCCUACUUCAAUCGCCGGCUGGGCCAGAAGCAGCUGACACUGCCCAUGUACAACAGCCUCUUGAAAGCUUGGGCCAAGAAGGGUUCCUUGCAUCAAAUAAGCACCCUGUUUUCCAUGAUGAAUGAGUCAGGGCUGAAUCCUGACUUGGUAUCCUAUGCUGCAGCUCUGGAGUGUAUGGGCCGAAUGGAUGCAGACUUCAAUCUUAUCAAGAGAUGUCUGAAUCAGAUGGCUCAGGAGGGCCUGAAAGUGGAGAAUCUUUUCCACCAUCUAGCACUCCACCAGCAGAAGAAGAUGAUCAUACUAAAAGCUAUCCAGAAGGUGGAACCUGAAUUUUCACCACCUCUGCUGCUCCCAUCAUCGUCCCACAACAUCACCCAGUCUCCUCUGCUUAGAGACUUCUAUUCCAAGGAAGAGCCUGUGUCUUACCCAAAGCUGUCACUGCCUCUGCUUGAGCUACAAGAACGCUUUCAGCAGCAGCUAAACUUGGAGUCAGCCAUGACAAUUACUAUUGACUCAGUGGAGAAGAAACCACUAAUAAAAAAGAACUUUCAUGCGCACAGGCUUCUCACACGCCUUAAAUCCUGGUGGCGGAAGUCCUUGAUGAAGACAUUCAGGAAGACCAAAGUCCACAUGAGAGAACAGUCUGAAGAGAUGAACCUCUACCCCUAUUUGUGCCUGCUGAAGGAUGAGGAUUAUGUGGAGCUCAUGAUGCAGGCCCUCUUCAACUUGCCUCCACAUGGAGAUUCCUUAGUCCACCUAGUCAUGGAUCUUGGGAUGAAGGUUUACAACAAAAAUUUAAUCCAGAUGAAUAUGAAAUCCUUUGUAUUAGAUGAACUAAAAAAGAAGUAUAUGAAUUAUCUACAUCUUUUGGCCAAGGACACUCAGCUGGACUCCUGCCUGCCUCGGGAGCACUGGGAAACCUUGGAAUCAGAAGGUACCAGCUGCUCCAAUUUCCUCACUCAAGAGAAAGUCUGGCCAGAUGUACUAUUGGUGCGGCUGGGAACCCAACUUAUUGAGAUCCUGGUGCAGUCCAUCUACAUGCCCAACAGUUUGAGCCCCUCCCAGGCAACGAAGAGAUUCAUCCCCGUGCUGUACCACGUUUAUUCCUUCCUCUCCAUAAAGCAGAUUGGUUUCAUUAAACCCCACCCAUCCUUCAUUCAGCUGGUGGAUGAAGCUGCUUACACUACCCUGACCUUCGAUGUCUCUGUCAUGCCCAUGCUGUGUCCCCCCAUUCCUUGGACCUCGCCUAACUUUGGGGCCUAUGUCCUCCACCCCACCAAGCUGAUGCGCUGCCUGGACGGGACUGUCCAACAUCAGCAGCUGCUGGAGAGCUGCCCUCAGGGGCAACUUAACGCAGUCCUUGAUGCCCUCACCCAGCUGGGUAACUGUGCCUGGAAGGUGAAUCAGCCUGUGCUAGACCUCGUUAUCUCCAUCUUCAAUGCUAAGGGCAACAAGAAGCUGGAUGUGCCCCCGCCUGUGUCCGAGGCCCCCACACCCCCAUCCUACGAGCUCUCCAAAGGGGCCAGCUCUUCAGAAAAGGCAAAGCUGCGGCGGGAGAUAGCCCAGUGCCAUAAGACCGCCCGGGAAAUGUAUAGCCUGCGCAUGGAUGCCCUGUAUAAGCUGUCCAUCGCCCACCACCUGCGAGACCAGAUCUUCUGGUUUCCCCACAACAUGGACUUCCGGGGCCGCGCCUACCCUUGCCCACCGCAUUUCAACCACCUUGGCAGUGACAUGACCCGAGCGAUCUUGCUUUUUGCUGAAGGCAAACCCUUGGGGCCCAAUGGCCUGGAUUGGUUAAAGAUUCACCUCAUCAACCUGACAGGACUUAAGAAGAAAGAGUCGCUGCAGGCCCGGCUGGCCUAUGCCAACGAGAUCUUGGAGGACAUCCUGGACUCGGCAGACAAUCCACUGACUGGAAGGAAGUGGUGGAUGGAUGUCGAUGAGCCCUGGCAGGCCCUAGCCUGCUGCAUGGAAAUUGCUAAUGCCAUCCGGUCACCAGAUCCCACAGCUUACAUCUCCCAUUUCCCCAUCCAUCAGGAUGGUUCCUGUAAUGGGCUCCAGCACUACGCAGCUCUGGGCCAAGAUGUGAUCGGGGCCACCUCUGUCAACUUGAUGCCCUGCGACGUUCCCCAGGAUGUAUACAGUGGAGUGGCUCAGCUGGUAGAAGAGCUGCGUAAGAGAGAUGCUGCUGAAGGGAAGUCGAUAGCCCAAGUCCUGGAGGGCUUCAUCAACCGCAAGCUGGUGAAGCAGACAGUCAUGACAGUGGUCUAUGGGGUGACAAAGUACGGUGGCAGGCUGCAGAUCGAGAAGCGCCUGAAGGAACUGGAUGACUUCCCCAAGGAGCACAUUUGGGAGGCCUCCUUGUACCUCUCCCAACUGGUCUUCAGUAGCCUCGGUGAGAUGUUCUCCACAACCAGGGAAAUCCAGGAUUGGCUGACAAAAAGUGCUCACGUCAUCUCCAAGUCCGGCUCUGCUGUGCAGUGGGUCACCCCUCUGGGCCUUCCCAUCAUUCAGCCGUACCACAAGACCCAGAAAAUGACUAUUCCCGGGAAUCUGCAGUCUCUUUGCCUCUCGAGUUGCUCUGAUGUCAACCAGAAACCAAACACCCUGAAACAGAAGAAUGCUUUCCCCCCCAACUUCAUCCACUCUCUGGACUCCACGCACAUGAUGCUGACGGCCCUGUCCUGUCACAGGAAGGGACUGACCUUUGUGUCUGUGCAUGACUGCUUCUGGACCCACGCCUCCACUGUGGACAUCAUGAAUGAGGUCUGCCGUGAACAGUUUGUGAAUCUGCACAGUCAACCCAUCCUGCAGGACUUAUCUAAGUUCCUGGUAACGAAAUACUGCCCUUGGUCCUGGUCUCACGAAUCUGAAGAAAUGUCUGACAACCAGAAAUUGAUGCUGAUGAUACUGUCUGAUGUGCCUAAACUAGGAAAUUUAGAUCUUCAAAAGGUGAAGGAAUCCACUUACUUCUUCAGCUAAAGGUGCCCUGUGUGUGCCAGAUGCCCCUGAGGGCACCAGGGCCCGGUCUCAAGCCUGGGCAUCCCUGCAGCCUGAGGAUUUGGAGAUGGGGUUCCUCCUGGUCUGUGCCUCUUAGGCCCUCUGCAUCCAUCCUUCCUAGAGCCCAUCCUGCUUUAGGCCAGGGUUGUUCAGGCAGGGGGCUGAUCCCUCCAGGCCUGGGCUGGCAGCCGUGGUGCAGGGGCUCACCUCCUGUGAGGGAUAAGCGUGCCCGGACUGUUUGCCAGCCUGACCUCGGGGAGCCUCUCCUGUUGUCUCUCAGCAGAUGGAGGCCAGGCCACAUUCCUCCACACCUCAGCUUGUAAGUCCCAAGGAACCGGUGUCCUGUGGGCCAGAUGAUGCUCUGGGCCUCCUGUGGAGUUGGGACUAGACAGGACCUCCCUUCCUCCCAGAGGACUUCAGGAUUUUCUAUACUUUUCCCUGUUUGCCCAUUCUGGACUUUCAGAAAUCUCUGACCCGUGUACAGAAGUGUAAAUAAAAAGCUCUUAUCCCCAGGGAGAA